ACAGAGUAAAGGCAAAACAACACAGCUUUUAGGUUCCCUGCCCAAUGGAGAGAACCCAGAGAUUACCAAAUCGUUUUCGGUAAACGCACCCAUCAGAGAAACUACCUUGUAAUAAUAACAAAAUCAUAAAUCUGGAAGAUAGAUUAAUUUUAAAAGGCGACACCUUUUUUUAUUUUGAAAUUUGUAUAUUACUUUUUCUUUCCUGGGCGAUCGAAUCCAAUCAAAAAGCCAAAUCCAAUCGGAAAGAUUGAAACUUGGAAGGUGGGUUAGUGAGUUGAAUGGCGCAACAAGGUCAGGGAAGCAUGGAACCUGAUGUUCUCGACGAUAUCAUUAGGCGUUUACUUGAUUACAGAAACCCUAAAGCUGGUGGCACGACGAAGCAAGCUAUGCUCAACGAGUCUGAGAUCCGACAGCUUUGCUUCGUCUCUAAAGAGAUUUUUCUUCAGCAGCCUUGUCUUCUUGAGCUCGCUGCCCCUGUUAAGAUCUGCGGUGAUAUUCACGGUCAAUACUCAGAUUUAUUGAGGCUUUUCGAGUAUGGAGGUUUCCCUCCUGCAGCAAACUACUUAUUCUUAGGAGAUUACGUUGACCGUGGGAAGCAGAGUUUGGAGACUAUUUGUCUUCUGCUUGCCUACAAGAUCAAAUACCCUGAAAACUUUUUUCUCUUAAGAGGAAACCAUGAGUGUGCGUCUAUUAACAGAAUCUACGGAUUCUAUGACGAGUGUAAACGAAGAUUCAACGUGAAGCUCUGGAAAGUAUUUACAGACACUUUUAACUGUCUCCCUGUGGCAGCUGUCAUAGACGAAAAGAUACUUUGUAUGCACGGUGGACUUUCUCCCGAUUUGACCAAUGUGGAACAGAUUAAGAACAUAGAGCGUCCAACUGAUAUUCCAGACUCUGGUUUGCUUUGUGACCUUCUUUGGUCUGAUCCUAGUAAAGACGUCAGUGGCUGGGGGAUGAAUGAUCGCGGCGUCUCCUACACUUUUGGCGCUGACAAAGUUGCUGAGUUUCUGAUAAAGAACGAUAUGGAUUUAGUCUGUCGUGCCCACCAGGUUGUAGAGGAUGGGUAUGAGUUCUUUGCUGAUAGACAGCUUGUGACUAUGUUUUCUGCUCCAAACUACUGUGGUGAAUUUGACAAUGCGGGUGCAUUGAUGAGUGUUGACGAAAGUUUAAUGUGCUCUUUCCAAAUUCUUAAGCCUGUGGAUCGGAGGCCGCGGUUCUUUUGAAGAGAAAGAGUCCAUAACCCUGAUUCAAGUCUUACGGAAAGAAAGGGAGGAGAAAAGGCGACAAUGGAUGUUGGUGGCAGAUAAUUCUGAACCUCCUGAGUAGUCUCCAGAGUUGCAAAUGCAACUAUACAUAUAUAUUUACAUGGUUAUCAUCUCUGCCACUUACUUUUAAAUGUUGUCUUGUUUCUGCAACCCAAAUUUUUUGCUCUGUUUUCUUUUCUUUCUCUGUUCUUUCACAUGUCAGAGAUACAAAUCCUCUUUAAGUGUAUAUAUACUUCAUAUGUAUCAGAAUCACACUGCGGGAUGCUUCUGUUCAUGGAUGCUUAGUAAAAAACAAAGGGUUCUCUAGAUA